AUGUCAGAAGAAACAAUUGUGCCUGUAAAUGAUCAGGCAAUAAAAAUCGAGCCACUAGAAUAUGUAGUAGAAGAGAUUAAACGCGAAAUCGAAGAUGAAUUAGAUGAUCCUGAUGCUAUUGUUAAAUCGUGUUCUAAGGACGAUGAUAAGUGUUUAGAAAAUUUUAUGAAUUCCGAAGUGACUAUAGAAGAAGAAGAAGUCAAACAGGAGUCAAUCGAGAGAUCCACUUAUGAAUGUAACAUUUGCAAUCAACCCUUUGCAGAAUCACAUCAAUUAAAAGAGCAUAUGGUCGAUCACAAGCCUAGUCAUAGCCAAGAACGCCCUUUCAAAUGCGAGAUCUGUAAUAAGACUUUCAAACUAUCAAAACGGUUAAAAGAACACAUGAUUUCACAUUCUGAAGAACGACCCUUUAAAUGCGAUAUAUGUCAUAAGACUUUCAAACAAUUAAGUAUUCUGAAAACUCACAUGUCGGUACACACUGGAGUGCGCCCCCAUGUUUGCACUAUAUGCGAUAAGACAUUAGCCACAUUAGGUACUUUAAAAGAUCACAUGCUCGUUCACAGUGGUGAACGCUCCCAUGAAUGCAACAUAUGCAAUAAAACAUUCACACUAGCAAGUACUCUAAAACGUCACAUGAUGGUUCAUUCUGGAGUAUACCCUCAUGCAUGCAAUAUAUGCAAUAAGACAUUCACAAGAUUAUCUUAUCUGAAAAAUCACAUGCUGGCUCACGAAGGGGUGCGUGCCCAUGAAUGUAAUAUAUGCAAUAAGACAUUCACACAUCUAGGUAGUCUAAAAAAUCACAUGCUCACUCACAAAGGAGUACGCCCUUAUGAAUGCAGUAUAUGCAAUAAGACAUUCGUACAAUUAUGUACUCUGAAAAUUCACUUUCUGGUGCACAAAGAUGAACGGCCCUAUGAGUGCAAUGUAUGCAAUAAGACAUUCAAACGAAUAAAUAGUAUGAAAAGACAUGUGCAGCUGCACAAUGCAGUACCUCCCUAUGAAAAGACACAUGCUGAUCCACUGGAGCGCCCCCAUGAAUGCACUGAGGGAUUUACUCAAUCGAACGAUUUGGACGGGCACAUGGAACUUCAUAGUGGAAAGCUUGAUGAAAAUCAUUGA